UAUUGAUUAAUUAAUGUUUAUCGUAACAUUCUAAAAGAAUUUAUUAAAAAUGGUCUCCUCAACGAUGAACCCCUUUGAUUUUUUAAUUUUAUUUUUUUUGUCUUUAUUCUCCUGAAUAUAUUUUUUAAAAAAAUGUCUUUUUUAGAUAGUUUAAAAAAGAAGAUUCAUCUUGAUGAUGAUGAUGAAGGAGGUUCAUUUACAGAUAAAUUUAAACAAUUUGGUCAUUCGGAUGAUGAUGCUGCCUUAGUCCAAAAUGCUGCUAAGAAAGCUCAACAAAAUGUAGACGACGACGACGAUGAUGAUGAUGAUGACGAUCUCACAAAUGCUCAGAAUGCUCAUAGAAAAGUUUAUGAUCAUGAUGACGAUGAUGACGAUGAUGCAACAUUAGGCAAAGCAGCGGCAUUUGAAGCAUUAAAAAAAUAUUAUUCAGGCAAAAAAGAUGAAAAAGAUAAAAAGGAAUUACAAAAGCAUUUUGUGGCUAUGGCAAUGUCUGAAGGUUUAGAAAUUUGGAAAAAGAAAAACUCUGAAAAAGGUGAAGCUGGUGAAGUUGCUGCCGGUAAAAAAGAGAAAGUUAUGGAACAAGCGGCAAAAUCGGCUAUAAAAAUGUUAGCAAAGAGUGAAAAAAGUGAAAAAAAGACUGAAAGUAAAACGGAAAGUAAAACGGAAAGUAAAACUGAAAGUAAAACUGAGGAAAAAAGUAGUCAUAGUAGUAAAUUGACUGAUUUUGCAAAGAAAUUCUUUUGAUUAAUUGUUUUAUUAUUCAAUAAAUUAUGAAUUUUACUAUUUACAAAUUAAUGUCGUUAAAUUUCAUUGAAUUUAUAUAAUAAAAAUUUAAAAUUUCUUAUUGC